AUGGCAGAUGUAACAAAAUAUGCACCCAUCAAUGGCAGAACCUUGAUAUCAGACUUCAAAAGCCAUUUCUCUUUUCAAAAAACCAAAAGAACUGUUGCAUAUGGCUUUGUGUUUGUUUUUAUUGGCUUUACCAUUUUUCUUGCUUUUGCUCCCUCUUCAAGCUCUUCUUCCCCCUGGUUCACUAACAUUUUCACUUCCACUGCCACUUCAAAAUCGUCAAUUUUAUCUGAUGAUUCUCAUAGAUCUCACUUUUCUUCAAUUUUCUCUUAUUUUUUCCCAGAUUCCUCAACCCAGGUUCACAAUCCUGAAGAUAGAUCUAAAAACACCAAUUUGCAACCUCCCAAUUUGAAUGUAGAACCCAAAGUUGUAAAAAACCAGACCCAGAAUCAAGAAAUAAAUGAUAAAGUUGAAGUUUUGAAGAAAAAUAAUGGUACAGUUUUGCCCAAGGAGCCUACUGCAGGACAGAUUGUCAAUAGUACUUCACCAUCCAAGUCUUCUUCUGAAUUGAAUAGAGGGUCUUCAAUUUCCAAGAAUCAGACUCAAAGUAAACAAUUAAAUGGCAAAACUGAAGAGUUGAAGACGAAUCAGAGUUCAACUGGGGUCGCAAAAUCUCCUGUGGCUGCAAAUCAGACGGCGAAUUCAUCUAAAAAUUCUGGUUCUGGAGUAAAAAAUGUUACUGGAAAUGGAGACAACAGAAUUACUGAGAAUGGGGUGGCCAAGAAUUUAACUUCUUCUUCGAUGAAGAAGAAGAGUAAUGCUACUGAUUCGAGUGUUUCGUCAAAACAGGGAAGUGAUGAUUUAAUCAAGUCAUUGAUGAAUUGUGAUCUGUUUGAUGGGCAUUGGGUGGGAGAUGAUUCUUAUCCACUGUACAAACCUGGUUCUUGUUCAUUGAUUGAUGAGCAAUUCAACUGUUUUCAAAAUGGUAGGCCUGACAAUGGCUAUCACCAACUUAGAUGGAAGCCAAAGGGUUGCACCGUUCCAAGGUUGAAUGCAAGUCAUAUGCUGGAAUUGUUGAGAGGAAAGCGAUUAGUGUUUGUUGGCGAUUCUCUCAAUAGGAAUAUGUGGGAAUCUCUUGUUUGCAUUCUGAAGAACUCUGUCAAAGAUCAGAGUAAAGUUUAUGAAGAAUUUGGCAGGCACCAUUUUCGAAAUGAAGCUUCUUAUUCCUUUAUAUUUGAAGAUUAUAAAUGCACAGUGGAGUUCUUUGUAUCUCCUUUCUUGGUUCAAGAAUGGGAAGUUACAGACAAAAAUAGGACGAGAAAGGAAACACUUCGACUGGAUAUAAUUGGAAGGUCUGCUGAUAAAUAUAAAAAUGCAGACUUCAUAGUCUUCAACACGGGACAUUGGUGGACUCAUGAUAAAACUUCCAAAGGGAAGGACUAUUAUCAAGAAGGCAGCCAUGUGUACAGUGAGUUGAAUGUCCUUGAAGCAUUUAGGAAAGCCUUAACAACAUGGGGAAGAUGGGUUGAUGCAAAUGUAAAUCCCAUGAAGACGCUCGUUUUCUUCAGGGGUUAUUCAAAAGUUCAUUUCAGUGGUGGGCAGUGGAAUUCUGGUGGACAGUGUGAUCAUGAAACUGAGCCGAUCAAGAAUGAGACGUAUCUCACACAGUAUCCACCGAAGAUGACAGUUUUGGAAAGAGUGUUGAAAGGAAUGAAAACUCCUGUAAAAUAUCUCAAUAUCACGAGAAUGACUGAUUAUCGAAAGGAUGGCCACCCAUCGAUAUAUAGGAAACAAAAAUUGUCGAGCGCAGAGAAGAAGUUGCUAUUAAGAGUCCAAGAUUGUAGUCAUUGGUGCCUUCCCGGCGUGCCUGAUGCCUGGAAUGAAAUCCUGUAUGCCGAACUUUUGGUAAAUCAUAACCAGAGGCGUAAACAAGAAGGAACAUAG